ACCACUACACAGUAAUAACUAUAUAGUAGCCAAUGAAUUAAGUUGAUCUAAAAACGUAUUGUAUCACCCUGGUUACAUGGGUGGUCUCUUUAUUGCUUGUGUGUAUUCGAUAUUUUUAGAAUAGAUCACAUGUGACCCUACUACGUCAUUGUCGGGAUUAGGAUUUUCCGAGCGGCUAGUGAAGUGGUCUCAUGUCGGCCUGCUGCUGCUCCUCGCUGCUCGGUGUGUACAUGAUGUGGGAGGAGGAACGCAGGGAGCGGCUGCUAUGAUGAAGAACAGGUCGGACUGACUCAGUCAGGUUCGAUCCCCACAUCUGUCUUCCCGUCUCCUGACACCGACUGACGCCGGGAUGGACUUCGUGCUGAGCGGGGCGGCGGCGUGCGGCGCUUGUCUGUUCACCAACCCGCUGGAGGUGGUGAAGACGCGGAUGCAGCUGCAGGGCGAGCUCCAGAGCCGCGGCACCUACCAGGUCUACUACCGCAAUGUGUUCCACGCCUUCUACACCAUCGGGAAAGUGGACGGGCUGGCCGGGCUGCAGAAAGGUCUGAUGCCCGGGCUCGUCUACCAGUUCUGUAUGAAUGGGGUCAGACUCGGCUCGUAUGCCGUCAUCGAGUCCUCCGGUUACAUCCACACCAACGGGAGGGUCAGCGCGGUCAAGACCACGUUAGCAGGGGCCGCGGCUGGAGUGGUGGGAGCCGUGAUGGGCAGUCCCGUGUACUUGGUGAAGACUCAUCUGCAGAGUCAGUCCACAUCCUCCAUUGCUGUGGGGCAUCAAUACAAACACCAGGGGAUGAUCCACGCUCUGGCAGCCAUCUACAGGGAGCACGGCCUUCUGGGACUGUGGAGAGGCUCCAGUGCUGCCAUACCCAGGGUCAGCGUGGGGUCCUCCGCUCAGCUCUCCACCUUCUCCUCCUCCAAGGAGCUGGUCAUUGACCUGCAGAUUUUCCCAAAGGACAGCUGGUUGGUGGCCCUGAGCGCUGGUAUGAUCAGCAGUGUGGUGGUGGUGAUGGCUAUGACGCCGUUUGAUGUGAUCAGCACGCGGCUCUACAACCAGCCAGUGGACCCUGUGGGCAAGGGGCUGCUUUAUGAAGGAUUCGCCGAUUGCUUUUCCAAGACGCUAAGGAAGGAGGGCUUGACGGGACUCUACAAAGGCCUGGGAGCCUCUUACUUCAGGCUCGGCCCACACACUAUUCUGUCCUUGUUCUUCUGGGACGAACUGCGCAAAAUGUACCAGAAGGGCAGAUAACACCAGGAGGAUGAGGAGACUGGGGAAACCGGUAACUCAUUAAGCUCUUAAGUGCAAAGGUUUAAUGAGUUUUACUAUUAUGAGGUUAAAGAAAAACCAAGAGAUGCUCUGCUUCGUUCAUGGGAACGAGAACAGAGAGCAAAGGUAACGUUUUACACUCCAUUAAGAAAACAAAAAGGUACAGUCAAAUAGCUUCAGAGAGGAAGGACAAACUGCAGUGAAUAGCAGUGAACAGUUCUGUCUGACGGAUAUGAUAUGAUGAUAACAUGCACAGGAAUCAACAGCCCUCAUAUACAGUUCACAUGCCAUUUAAAUGGAUAUCUCACAGUGAGCAGUGAAUGUGACCCACAGUGUGAGGACAUGAAUGGUCUGUGUCACAGCAGUGGCACAGUAAGAAUCUAAUAUGACAUGGCUGGUGCAAAUUGUGCGGGUGGAGGCUGUAUCAUGCUUUUCUAAAUUUGAAGUCAAAUGAAACGGUAACGCACAUGAUCUAUUGGGAGGAGGUGACACAGUAUAUUAUAGCAACAUCAUUCAGAACUGUGCAUGAGGGGUUUCCAAUGAGCCACUUUGCCUUCAAAGUAAAAAGUGCUGUAGAGUUCCUGCUGAUCAUUGAUCCUAAAGUUUAAAAAGAUACCAAACACUUCAGGCUGAAUUUGUAAGAAAUGUGUAUGAUAUGAAGUGUUGAGUUUGGAUUCUUUACUCUGUGUCAAUGUAUGGUGGCGGAUGAGGGCAAAUAUUUCGUGUUGCAAAUUCAGAAACACAUCGUUCAACUGAAUCAUGCUGGAAAUAAAAAACUGUCCUGCGGAAAGUGAAAAAUUAUAUUAACUGUAAUCCAGCAGUCAAUACAGAACCCAAAACACACAAACCUUGAAGACAAAUGGAACAUAAAACACACAACACUUCUUAAAACCAGUCAAGCCGCACCAAAUAACACCCUCAUAGAUAUCAGUUUCAUCAGUAUCUCAACAUUAUCUCUUGAGAAAUUCACAAAAACAAUUCCUGAAUCAGGCGUACUCAUCGAAUCCUCUCUUAAGGUUAAUGGGUUCUUCCUUCCUUUUUGCGUAAUCCGCAAACAGUCAGACAAACAGCAAUGAAAACAUAACCUCUUUGAUGGAGGUACAGAUUCUGCAUUUCCAGCCAACGAUUUCUCAGACUAAAUUAAACCUCUUAUAGUAAACCCAUGGAAUGAAAAGUGUCAUGAAACAGUGUCGCCAACUGACUUUCCACAACAGAAGAGGAGGCUAAUGUUACUGCUGUUUAUUUUGUAUGAUGAAGCCGGACCUUUAAUCUAAUAUGAAUAUAUUCAUACAGACAUUUUUAUACCUUUAAAGCAACUCGACUUAACAGACUUAAAUAAUAAUUAGUGGCAGUUGUCUUAUUAAACAGCUCAAACUAUUCUGACAAUUCCUGUGGAACAAACUUGGUGCCACAACUUGUGCCAUUUAUUUAGUUCACAUUAAAAAUGGCUGAUGAGGCCUUAACCUUUGAUUUUUGAUUUUAUACAAGAGUGAAAAGCAUUAAAUGUUCUUCCUGAUUAACACGGAAAUCUGUCCACUAACUCUUAGCAACACUGGUUACAAUAGAGACCUUUCUGUUCAGGUAAUUUGUGCUGUGAAUUAAAUGAAAACCUGUGAACAGUGGUCAGCAAAAUCUACAAAGUGAAUGGUUACUGGUUGGUUUAUUUCAUUUAGGAUCCUGAGGAAUUGUUUUUUGAGUUGAAGGACUGAGAAAAAUGUGAAAUGAUGCAAAAAGCUUUUGAUCCAUGUUUGGAAAGUGCUGGACUGUUACAGUUAAGAGGUUUCUGAUGACUGGUGUCCUGUCCUGUAUCAGAAAAUGUUUUAUCAGUUGUGCGGAAUGAAACAAUCAGGAUCAGUGAUUGUUACAUUCGGCAGCUUGGUAAUUUUUCAUUAAUGUAUGAUAACAUGCACUUCCUGUUAUGGAACAGACGUGAAGAACAAAUAAAAAGUAAUGGACA